AUGCUUGUGGUGAUUUUCUUUUUCUUUGCAUUAAAAGAUUUUGAUCCUUCCUUCUUCGCUGCAAUUAAAAUUGAUACUGAAUGUGCCAUCUUGUGUCAGAAAGAAGCUUGCUUUUCGUUCACUGUCUUCAAUCACACCUGUAGAGGAUAUAGAAGAAUAUUUGAUUAUUUGGAGAGCUCGUAUUUAGAAUCUGGAGCAAGACAUUUUAGAAAAAGUGAAGACUGUCAUGAAAAUGGAUACACCCAACUUAGUUCGGGUAAUUCAUGUUAUAAAAUUUAUGAAGACCAGAUGAACUGGACAGAAAGCGAGAGAAGGUGCAACUCGGACGGUGGAUUUCUCGCCAAAUUGGACAAUGUUGAUAAACUAAACAGCAUACAAGUAAAGGCAAUUCUGAAAAAUUUGACCCACCUUGAGUACUGGACUGGUCUUCAGGAGAAAGAAAUGAUUGGUCAAUGGAAAUGGGUCAGUGACCAGGAUGUUUUAUCGGCCAGCAGCAGUCUUUGGAGUGUAGAUGAACCCAAUGGCGGCGGUUCUGAAAAUUGUGUUGGGAUUGAGCGAAAUGGGGGUCUUUUCGACAAUCCUUGUGGAGAAAAACUUGCUUUUAUUUGUGAAAAAUAG